CAGGCUCGCUGCUCGCACACCGCCUCCCUAAGCUCACCCAGCCAUGUCGUCCCGCAGCCGCGUGGCCCUGGUGACCGGGGCUAACAAGGGCAUCGGCUUCGCCAUCACGCGGGACCUGUGUCGGAAGUUCUCGGGGGACGUGGUGCUCACCGCGCGCGACGAGGCGCGGGGCAAGGCGGCGCUGCAGCAGCUGCAGGCGGAGGGCCUGAGUGCCCGCUUCCACCAGCUGGACAUCGACGACCCGCACAGCAUCCGCGCCCUGCGCGACUUUCUGCUCAAGGACUACGGGGGACUGGACGUGCUGGUCAACAACGCGGGCAUCGCCUUCAAGAACGCUGACCCAACCCCCUUCCACAUUCAAGCAGAAGUGACUAUGAAAACGAUUUUUGGCACCCAAAAUGUCUGCACCGAGCUCCUCCCUCUAAUGAAACCCCAAGGCAGAGUGGUGAAUGUAUCGAGCAUGUUGAGCCUCAGGGCCCUGGAAAACUGCAGCCCGGAGCUGCAGCAGAAAUUCCGAAGCGAGACCAUCACUGAGGAGGAGCUGGUGGGGCUCAUGAACAAGUUUGUGGAAGACACGAAGAAGGGGAUUCAUGAGAAAGAAGGCUGGCCUAACAGUGCGUAUGGCGUCACCAAGAUUGGGGUGACGGUCCUGUCCAGAAUCCACGCCCGGAAACUCAGCGAACAGAGGAGAGGGGACAAGAUCCUCCUCAACGCCUGUUGCCCAGGGUGGGUGAGAACGGACAUGGCGGGACCAAAAGCCACCAAGAGCCCAGAGGAAGGAGCAGAGACCCCCGUGUACUUGGCCCUUUUGCCCCCAGAUGCAGAGGGGCCUCAUGGGCAGUUUGUUCAAGAAAAGAAAGUAGAACAGUGGUGAACUCAAUCAACUUUCCCCUCUUCCCACAGCAUGUCCUCCCUCUUUGCACCCUGUCUUGGUGAGGGCUAAUGGGCAUUUAUAAUGCAGUGACACAAUAUAAGAACUAAAUACUGGUUAAUUACUUUACUCAUUGACCUUUGUGAUGCCAUGCAUUGCUUUAUGAUUCCCUGUGACACAGCAUAAGAAACAGUGCAUUC